GGCGGAGUUCAGUUCCCUUCAACUUCGGCCCCGUCAGCGUAGUUUGCAGUGGUUAUGUUUGCACAGUUCAAGAAGUGACCAUGCCUGUGCAGAGCGUGCUGGUCCGGGACUCGUCCGUACAUUUCCGUUUACUGCAGCAGUAUCUGGUGCUUCUGAAGAGAUACCCCAUACUUACAAAGUCCAUAACGAGUGGCAUCCUCACAGCUUUAGGAAACCUCCUGUCCCAGAUUUUGGAGGCCAGAAAAAAGAGACAGUCUGGAGCCUCGACCAGUGACAUCGACACAGCUGGAGCCAUACGUUAUGGCAUCUACGGGCUGUGUAUUACAGGCCCAGUGAGCCAUUUCUUCUACCAGCUGAUGGAGGUCUGGAUGCCCACCACAGAUCCAUACUGCAUAGUGAAGCGUUUGCUCCUGGAUCGACUUUUUUUCGCCCCCGGCUUUCUGCUUCUUUUUUACUUUGUGAUGAAUGUGUUGGAGGCUAAAGGCUGGGACGACUUUGAAAAGAAGAUGAAAAGAAGUUACUGGACAGCUUUGAAGAUGAACUGGAAAGUUUGGACUCCCUUCCAGUUUAUCAACGUGAACUUUGUGCCUGUCCAGUUCCGAGUGCUGUUCGCCAACGUGAUCGCCCUGUUUUGGUACGCGUACCUGGCGUCUGUGAGGAAAUGAGGAUUCCCAGGACGCCUCCUCAGGAAUCCAGCCCAGAGGAAUGUUAACGGCUGCCGAGCUAAUUCAAGCGAUGCACUACUGCUCCUCAUCCGGAUAAUAGCUUUCACAUACAGUAGUUUUAAGUAGUUGACGCUUAACAAACAGUGACUUAAAGCCAUGAUGAUAAUGCUGCUGUGACAUACUGUGAUUUAUGACUGUGUUUGUAACAACAGUAAUGUAUAUAAUAAUCCACCUUCAUUACUAUCGAGCACUGCCAACAUCUUGUACAGUGUAUUAUAAUUGUGAGUUUUUAAAAAUUACAUUUUAAUUUGUUGUUGUGUUAAAAUGUGGUGCAGCUCCACCCUUGAGCCAAAGCAAGGAACUGGAAGUAUGAGUGAAGAGGCGUGUUGAGUCACAUUAGUGAUUUUAUUUUUAACAAUGGACCAUAAUCAUGAUUAAAAGGUGUUUAUCAAAAACAAUA